AUACCGUUUAUCUGAAGCGAUGAUAGACAGAGAAAGAUAAAUUGUUUGUGAUGAGAUACCUCCAUGAUAUCACUGUUUGUUUAAGGACAUGUUCUUCAUAAAUCUUCACAUACAACAAGGGACCAUGGACGUUAACAGUCUGCUACAGAUUGAGGAAAAAGAGCAGUAUGAUAAUGCAUUGGAAACUAAGCUGUCUCAGAGUUAAUCCAAAAGCUAGAAGACUCACAGCGAGUUUUGGAAGAACGCGACUCCUCGAUCGCCAAAAUGAAAGCUAAGCUGCAGACAAUAUCCAACAGCAAACAGCAGGAACUGGAAGAGGUCCGAAGAGAACUCAAGUUAUCCCAAGAACAGACAAAGGCAAAGGCUGAGAUGGAGCAAAUUCAGGCCACAAUUAAGGAGUUACAGAGCAAAGAGCAGAAUAAUAAGUCGUCGUUUGACGAGACAAAGGCGAUAGAAAAUGCCAUUAGCAGGCUGGAGGCCGAGAUUGAGAAGCUCCAAAGGCUUCAUCAACAACAUCAGGUCCAGCCUUCCCAGUCGCUAUCUGGUAUACGUUUGCCCUUACACUGGAAGAAAAUGCAGAUACAUUACGUGCUGAAGGUUACCCUGGAUGUGAUGGACUCGAAAGAAAGACAGGAGUACAGUGAAGUUCAGAAGCACUUUCUGAGAACCUUGCCUCAUGUGACGGUCGUUUCCAUCACCCGUUUCCAAAACGCACUACACUGGGAAUACUAUCAAUUAAAGAAACUCGAGAUGGAAUAGAAAUACGGACAGGGUGCUGCCAAUGAACUUCAACUUUACCAUGGUACCAGGCAUGAUUUAAUAGAAACAAUCAUUUAUGAAAACUUCGACUUUCGUCAAGCAGGAUCAAGAGUUGGGUGCUUAUAUGGCCAUGGCUCUUCAUUCGGAACGACAUCAAAAUAUGCGGAUCUUUUUUGUUCAACUAACUGUAAUGGUAACAAAUUUAUGUUUGUUGCAAAGGUUCUGGCGGGAAAAGUCUGCUUGGGGCAAGCUGAUUUGAAGCGUCCCCCACCUAUAGACCCUGAUGAUUUCAAGAAAGGAUAUUACGAUGCCGUCGUCAACAAUGUUUUGGCCGCAACAAUAUAUGUCGUGUUUGAUAAUUACCAAUAUUAUCCGGAAUACUGCAUUGAAUAUUACUGAAUAAGACCGAAGUUUCACUCCGUCCGUUUCCGUUGCCACUCUGUGUAAGAUAAAGAACAUUAAAUUAAAAAAAAAACUUUUUGAGGGCCUUUUGACACCAUUUUGACCAUACAGGCAGUCCUAAAUUGUAUGCGGACCAAAGCCGAAAGCCAUGGUCAUCAUUUUGCCAUUGAUACCAAAGUCCAGUUUCGUAUUAAUUAAAUGCUAUAUGUCAUCAAGAAUCAACCAGUGUAAAAUAAACGAUUUUAACAGCACUGUCAUACAUUGCAGAUGUAUUUUAUUACUUCUCAACAUUUUAAAAAUGUUAAUUAUAAUAUUUUUCGAUUUCGUUUCAUUAUUUUUUCAUAUAAAUUGAUAUACUAAUAAUUAACCAAAAAUAAAUAAUAGCUAGUGACAGCAUUGAAAUACAAUAUAUUAAAACCCA